AAAAUGUCUAGGCUAUUGGUUUCUGAAAAGAAUUGUUAGCUGGAGACCUACCUUUUUGUUGCUAUACUGCAUCUAGAGCCUCUGUCCACACGAGGGCAGACAUGGGCAGGCUUUUUCCUCUACAAUGUCAAAAUGAAACCCGUUGAACCACCUCCUAUUUACUGUAAAUGUUUGAAAAGGAAAUCACUGUAGUUCCCCAGCUGUCUUCACCUCGACCGGCGUCCCAACGAACUUCAACUGACAAAUUCCAGGCACAUGGUGAUGUAUAGCCGGAUUCUUCAUCUCAAGCUCAAUGGGUCAUCGCUAGCUUUGCUCCCACGCUCCAACCGUCACCAGGCUGUGAGGGAUGGUGAAUUCUCUGAAAAAGAAAAUGAGUUCCGGGGCGAGCUGGUGAACCAGCGGUGGACACGAGGCGAGAGGACCAGCAGCCGCUGCCAGGCCUCCCAGAGACUGCAGAGCCGUCGACCAAUCAUGAUGAGUGUAGAGGGUGACGACAAGCGAACUCGCACUCGGUCCAAGGGAAUCAGAGUUCCUAUUGAGCUCGUAGGACAAGAGCUGAGCUGCCCCACCCCUGGAUGCAAUGGCUCUGGCCAUAUCAGUGGGAGAUACUCACGACACAGAAGCAUUCUGGGUUGCCCCAUAGCCAGAAAGCGCCGGCUAGAGGAAGCAGAGGCCGAGCAGGACGCAGAGCAUCCUGCCUCCAAGAGGAGGUCCCACCCCCUGAAACUGGCCCUGGACGAGGGCUUCAGCGCGGGAAGCGACAGCGGCAGCGAAGCCGAGGGCGAGAAGGAUGGAGAGAAAGCAGUAGAGACCAGGGAGGAGGAGGAGGAGGAGGAGGAAGAGAGGGAGGCAGCUGUAGAGGAGGAGAGACAGGAGAUGACAGAAGACCUGACGCAGGAUGGACAGACAAAUGGACAGGAGGAGGAGACACAGAUGGAGGAGGAAGAGGAGAGGGAAGAAGAAGAGACAUAUCAGAAGGAGGAGAACACAUUCGCAGCUGAUGAAGAGGAGUGUGUGAUCAUCGAGCCUGAGCUCGGAGCAGCGCCGCCUGCACCCAAGAAGUGUCAGUCUCACUCCCAGUGCACCGAAGAGGUGGCCAACUCUCUCCUCCACCUCGGCCGAGUCUCCGACAGCAGUGCUCCAACUGUGGCCGUUCAGCAGCCUGUUGCUGUGGAGACGGAGGAGGAUGUCGCCGUGGCAGCGGAGCGGGGUGAAGAAGUAAAGGACGAGCAGGAGGGGGACAUGAAUGAGGGGCAAGAGGAGGAGGAGGAGGAGGAGGAGGUGGCACGCAGAGUUCAAGUACUGGAAGAGUCAUCUGUUCUGCAGAAGGAGGCAGCUGAAGUGGAGGAAGAGGAGUUGGAGGAGGAGGAGGAGGAGGAGGAGGAGGUAGAAGAUGAAAAAGAGUGCCCAGAAAGGAGCAACCUUGUGAUCCAGGAGAACCACCAAUAUCUGCCCGAAGAUGUCCGCCAUGAACAGAACAAGGAAGAAGAGGAAGAAGAGGAGGAGGAGGAGGAAGAGAUGGCAGCGCCAGCACAGCAAAGGCUGGGCACUCCAGCAGAAGAAGAGGAGGAUGAGGACGGAGAUGAAGAGGACCACAGGGAGGUGAAUCACAUUCUGCCCAUUUCUGACGCGCCAACUGCCAUCCGCACCAUCACCAGCACCAGCACCGCCGCAGCUCAGGGAACACACAUCAUGGCUGGAGACCACAGGGCCAGUCCUCUGGAGGACUACAACUCACACAGGGCCAGUCCCCUCGAGAACUACAACACCAACAGAGCCAGUCCGCUCAACAAAUAUGACUCUCAUAAACCUAGCCCGCUUCAAAACUACAAGGCCAGCCCUCCUUUAAGCUACGGCUCUCACAGGGCCAGUCCGCUGGAGGAAUACAUAACCAGCCUCCGAGGCGAGAACUAUAAAAUCCACAAAGCCGCGUCCUCCGCCUCUCCUGACAUCAUCGAGGUGCGAUCAGACAGGUCCGAGGAGAGGGACUUUGACGACGUGGACGGGGACGACGAGCGCGACGACGAAGACAGCCUGUCGCAGCGCUCCACGGUGACGGACGAGUCCGAGAUGUUUGACAUUACCCGAGGGAACCUGGGCCUGCUGGAGCAAGCCAUCGCCCUGAAGGCAGAGCAGGUGAAGCCGGCCGGGCCCAGAGAGCUGCUCCGCGCCCCAGAUAUCCACCACCAGCGAUACUUCACCAUGGAUGACAGGCCCAAGCACCUGGACGUCAUCCGCAAGAGCUACUUCAGCAAAGAGAGCAGUAGGCCAGAGAAGAGGGAGAUCAAGUGUCCCACCCCUGGGUGUGAUGGGACGGGUCACGUCACUGGUCUUUACCCCCACCACCGCAGCCUGUCAGGCUGUCCGCACAAGGACAGGAUCCCCCCGGAGAUUCUGGCCAUGCAUGAGAAUGUGCUGAAGUGUCCAACCCCCGGCUGUACCGGUCAGGGCCAUGUUAACAGCAACCGUAACACACAUCGCAGUCUUUCUGGAUGCCCCAUUGCUGCUGCAGAGAAGCUGUCCAAGGGCCACGAUAAGCAGCUUCUCUCUCAGCCAGGCGGCGAGCACCUCAAAGGAAGUCCCAACGACAGAGUGUUAAGGCCCAUGUGCUUUGUGAAGCAGCUGGAGGUGCCCCAGUAUGGCAGCUACCGGCCCAACAUGGCGCCCGCCACGCCUCGCGCCAACCUGGCCAAGGAGCUGGAGAAGUACUCCAAGGUGUCCUUCGAUUAUGCGGCCUUCGACGCUCAAGUGUUCGGGAAGCGCAUGCUCGCUCCAAAGAUGCCCACCAGCGAAACGUCACCCAAAGCCUUCAAAACUAAGCCCUCGUUCCCCAAGUCCCCGUCACCCAGCCUCAGUCUCCAUGGUUACGGGAAGAGCUCCUCCCUGGCCUACGACUACUCCCAUGAUGCCGAGGCCGCUCACAUGGCUGCCACUGCCAUCCUGAACCUGUCUACACGCUGCUGGGAGAAACCUGAGAACCUCAGCACCAAACCCCCAAACAAGGAAAUAAACAUUGAGGUGGACGAGAACGGCACCCUGGACCUGAGUAUGAAGAAGCCCAUUAAACGAGAGGGCAGUCUGUCCGGCACCAGCCCCGGGGUUCGGUCCCCGGACCCUUCCUCCUCCUCUUCCUCACUCCAUCACGGUGGAAGCAGCGGGAUGACGUCACCGAACCUAAACGCCUACAAGCAGGAGGAGUGGGAGGGACCUCUGGAUUACACCAAACCCAACCGCCAAAGGGAGGAGGAAAUGGACGAGAUGGAGCACACAGGCCAGUCGUUUGUCUCGUCGGACGCAGAGGACUGUGACAUGAUGCAGGACUGUCUGGAAGACAGGAAGUACCCGGGAGAGGUUACGACUCCAAGCUUCAAAGUCAAGUUCCAGCCCAAGGAUAGCAAGAAAGACCUGCUCUCCUGCCCUACACCAGGUUGUGAUGGCAGUGGUCACAUCACCGGAAACUAUGCGUCCCAUCGCAGUCUGUCUGGGUGUCCUCUCGCUGAUAAGAGCCUUCGGUCCCUCAUGGCGGCCCACACCCCUGAACUCAAAUGCCCCACACUAGGAUGUGACGGCUCGGGUCACAUCACGGGAAACUACUCCUCCCACAGAAGUCUCUCUGGGUGCCCGCGUGCCAAGAAAAGUGGAAUUAAAACUCCUACCAAGGACAACCAGGAGGACUCCGAGCUUUUAAAAUGCCCAGUGCCGGGCUGCGACAGUUUGGGUCACAUCAGUGGGAAGUACGCCACACACCGUAGCGCCUACGGGUGUCCGCUGGCGGCGCGCAGACAGAAGGAGGGUCACCUGAACGGCACACCCUUCAACUGGAAGGCCUUCAAGACAGAGGGGCCUACCUGUCCCACCCCAGGCUGUGACGGCUCGGGACAUGCGAACGGAAGCUUCCUCACACACCGCAGCCUCUCAGGGUGCCCCAGAGCCUUGUUCCCAAAGAAGAAGGCCAAGUACCCCUCAGAGGACUACCUGAGCACCAAGUUCAGGGCCAGUGAUGUUUUGGACAACGAUGAGGACAUCAAGCAGCUCAACAAAGAGAUUAACGACCUCAAUGAAUCCAACAAUGAAAUGGAGGCUGACAUGGUCAACCUGCAGACUCAGAUCUCCUCCAUGGAGAUGAACCUGAAGAGCAUUGAGCACGAGAACAAGCUGAUCGAGGAGCAGAACGAGGCUCUGUUCAUGGAGCUGUCUGGUCUCAGCCGCGCUCUGAUCCGCAGCCUGGCUAAUGUACGCCUGCCACACAUGCAGGGGCCAAUCACGGAGCAGAACUUCGACAGCUACGUGAGCACCCUGACCGACAUGUACACCAACAAGGACUGCUUCCAGAGCCCCGAGAACAAAGCUCUGCUGGAGAGCAUCAACAAAGCUGUGAAAGGCAUCAAAGUCUGAGGCUCGACACACACUUAACACACAGAAUGCAAACUGUCCCGAAGCGCUGGCUGGAGCGUGACGGAGGUGGAUACGGAGGGACGGGGGGAGAUGAAGGGGGAGAGAUGUUGAAGUACUCUACAAUAUUUUGAAGUACGAUUCAAAACUAUGGAUGGAUUCAAAAACAUAAAAAAAAGGGAAUUCAGGUUAUUCAAAUAAACGGCAACUUUAAAAAACAAAAAAAAAAAAAAAAAAAAAAGAUCAACCCAGGGAGCACUCUGUUUGAAGAAAAAGUGACGCGGACCAAAAUCCACACCAUGCUGCUGCUGGGAUUAGGAGGAGGAAACCAGAUCCUUCAGUCAGAAUGGAUGGAAAAGAAGAAUAAUGUUACUAGAAACAGUAUCUGGGUUUUUUUUUUUUUUUUUUUUUUUAAUAUGCUGUAUUGUUUACCUGUUGUCUCUCUUUUGUGUCCUUAACUGUUUUUGGAGAGGGGUUUCACGCUUCAUAUAAACUGAAACACGGAAGGAACGCAAACGCGGGAUUGCACAGGACAGUCUGUGUGUGUGUCCUGUGUGUGUGUGUUGUGUGUGUGUGUGUGUUUGUGUGUGUGUGUGUGUGCGUUCACCGACUCCAGAAGCUCUCUGAUUCACGGCCACACACACACACACACACACCUCGGCAUUAUGACGCAAGCGCUACACUGAAUUUGUGUUUGCUUUGUGGUAUUAC